AUGAAAAUCAUGCACAGGGAAUCCAAGCUCUCCAAAUGGAUAUCUAAUAGCAAGAAUUUCAAACUAACCAUCCCUUUCCUUCGUUCAAAACCCAAAAGCCAGAGCCCUUGUCCUACUCAAAAUCAAAACAGUAGCAUCGCAAAAGAUGACGAGCUUGCAAAGGUUUUUGAUCAUUUUGACACCAACAGAGACGGAAAGAUCUCGUGUGACGAACUUCAGGCUUACUUCAUGUCGAUAGGGGAAUCCAUGUCCAAUGCAGAGGCUCAGAGUGUGAUCAACGAAUUUGAUAACGAUGGUGACAACUUAUUGGAGUUUGAAGACUUUGUGAAAUUGAUGGGGAGGGAGGGUGAUGCCAAUGAUGAUCUUAAAGGGGCUUUUGAGAUGUUUGAAGUUGAUAAAGGUUGUGGGUGCAUAACACCAAAAGGGUUGCAAAAUAUGUUCGAUCGACUAGGUGAAGCCAGAUCCUAUGAUGAGUGUGUGUCCAUGAUUGGAGUCUUUGAUCUUGACGGAAAUGGAGUCCUUGAUUUUAAUGAAUUUCUCAAGAUGAUGAUUUCAACUUAA